GAAGCGUUGCCUCGUCACACAGAGAAAACAGGCGAUCCACAACGGGGCCGCUUUUUGUUUGCCCCUCGGGCCGACUGCUUUCAACGAAAUGCCGACUUAAUUCACAAAACAUUCCCGAUUCGGUGGCGAGCUUAUAAAUAACAAAGCGUAAAUGGAUUUGUUAAAAUGGCUGUGAACUUGAGCACCCUGAUAAUACUUCUAAGCAUUUUUCUGAGAUGUUCCGUUUCCCUGUACGGAUACUCAGGGGAAGGAAGCCCGCCAAUGUACGGAGACUACGAAGCCCAGAGGCAUUGGAUGGAGAUAACAUACAAUUUAGACAUUAAAGACUGGUAUUUCAAUUCAACUGAAAACGAUCUUUUGUACUGGGGACUCGACUACCCACCGUUAACCGCCUAUCACAGUUGGCUUUGUGGUGCUAUUGCUAAUUACCUCAAUCCAGAAUUUGUGGAAUUGACCAAAUCAAGAGGAUUCGAAUCACCCGAACAUAAACUUUUCAUGCGGUUUACAGUAAUUGUGGCUGACUUGCUUACAUUUAUGGCUGGUGCUGUUAUUUAUUCCAUUUUGGCGAAACCUGAAGAUCGAGACAUACAACUACUCAUCCUUCUCGCCUAUCCAGGUCUAAUUCUUAUUGACCAUGGUCAUUUCCAGUAUAAUUGUGUGUCGCUCGGUUUAGCUCUGUAUUCUAUUAUUGCCACGAUUAAAGGUUUUGAUACCACUGCUGCCAUUUUGUUUUGCUUAUCACUUAGUUACAAACAAAUGAUUCUCUACUAUUCUUUACCUAUAUUUUUUUAUUAUCUAGGAAUUUGCAAAGACAUAUUUUUCAAACGUAACUUUUACACAAGUUUUGUCAAGUUUUUUUGUUUAGCUUUAUCUGUGAUAUUCUCAAUUUUCAUUGUUUGGUUACCAUUUAUGUCCAGUUACAGUCAACUUGCUCAAGUCCUACACAGAUUGUUUCCGUUGGAAAGGGGUAUUUUUGAAGACAAAGUGUCAAACUUUUGGUGUAUCGCUAAUGUAAUUUUCAAAUUUAGAAAUUAUAUGUCCAAUGAAAAGAUUGCUAUGGUGUGCGCCAUUCUGACACUUUUGUUUUCCAUCCCCUCUUGCAUAGAUGUUUUCAAAACACCGAUUAAAGACAAGUACAUACUAGCAACAAUAAACACUUCUUUAGCAUUUUUUAUUUUCUCUUAUCAGGUACAUGAAAAGACCAUCCUUUUAGUCGCCCUUCCUGUCAUGCUUUAUUUCAACAAACAGCCGUUGCAUUGUUUUUGGCUACUUAACAUUUCAACUUUAAGUAUGCUACCUUUAUUUUUAAAAGAUAAACUGUUAAUACCAUUUUUAGCUCUCAAUUUAUUAUUUCUCAUAUCGGUGUAUGCUAUAUGUCAUACUAAAGAUAUAACAUGGUUGAAAAGAAAAGUUAUCAACAAUAUUUUUGUUUUCUCCCUAAUUGUUGGUUUCGUACUGGCCUUGAUUCCAGUACUUUGCAGUCCUCCACGUAAAUACCCCGAUUUAUUUUCUUUAUUGAUAUCCGUUUAUUGUGGUCUUCAUUUCAUGUAUUUUUUAAUAUACUUCACAAAAUUACAGCUAACAUUGAAUGUGAAAUUGAAAACAUAUUGAAUUAAAUGUUUGACUAUGUAAAAUAAUAAGUAUGUGUUCUAAAAAUGUAAAUUGUGAUACCACUUUCCAAUAAAUACAAUAUUUUGUGAUAGAAA